AUGGUGAAUUACUACAAAGUACGGGGGAUGCCACAAAAUGCUUCCUCCUCUGAUAUUAAGAAGGUUUAUCACCAGUUAGCUCUUCGGGUCCACCCAGACAAGAACCCAGAAAACCGGGAGGCAGCUGAGGAGAAGUUCAAUCUAGUAGCAGAGGCCUAUGCAGUCUUGUCUGGUGCCGAGAAACACAACAACUAUGACAAGUCCAGAAGGAAUUGCAUCAAAAGGGAAAACAGAGGAGAUGGUGGGAACAAGGACUACUUGAAGGGGGAACUGUGGUUCGAGAGGCCACACUGUGGCUUUCAAAAUGUCUUUGAAGAUAAAGAGCCCUUCUCAGGAGACUCUUUUCCCAGUGGCCGUGUGGGUAGGGCCAGGAGGUUCCACUCCUUCUUCUUUUAUGUGACCCCCAUACUGGACACAGGAUUUUCCACUUUUGUAUCCCUGGGCUCUGGACCAAAUUCCCCUUCCUCUGCGACAUUUGUACCUUUUGUAAGCAGUGGAAUGGGAAACUUCAACCUGGUCACCACUUGUAGCCAGAUAGUGAAUGGCAAGGAAGUUGUUAUAAAGAAAGUUCUAGAAAAUGUGAGGCGGAAGACUGAAGUGGGAAAAGAACGCCUGUUUCAUCGGAUUCCUCCACGCCACUGGUAAGGAGUUGCUGCCGUGUUCUUCCAUGGGGAGACUUUGCUGUGAGGCUGGUGAGUCUGAUGCUUAUCAAAGACAGAACUGGAAUCUGAGAGUAUGUUGAACUGGAAUGGACAGGGGUUAGCUUAGUACAAAUUUCUCAUUUCACAGAGGGAGGGAAUAAUGGGCCGGAUGCUCCACAGGAACUAGGA